UGAACUUAUGCAGUAAUAAAAGGAUGGCCAGCCUCCCCAGGGUAGGUAACAAAGGAUGUGAUUUCCCAUUGGCUCACACCCAACCAAUCAGCAAGGGAGCUUCCUGCCUCAACUGAGUAUAUAUAAGAUCUCUCUCUAAGACAAGAACAGUUUACCCCUGAGUAUGCUUUCUAAGACGUGGCUUAGCCAAACCAGAUUAAAGCAGAAGAAAUCAAAGAAGACUCAACAAAAUUCAAAAACCCAGGUGAGCAAGCCAACCAAGCCUGGUCAACCUAAGCAAGCUGAGCCACGUGAAGAAAAGAUCAAGAAAGCAACACAAGGAAGGAAAGACAAGCCACGUGGGGUGAGGAGAGACUCUGAUAAACUGAAAGACAAAGAAAGCCAGGGAAAGCGAAGACAUCCAAGCCGUUGAGUGUUGUUUGACAUAUUAAGCAUGGCUGAAACCAAUACGGAGUCCAACUCUCAGUAUUCUGGUGAUGCUUCCAAAGCCAAGGAGGUGAAAGCCAAAGUUUCCCGCUCUUCCCGGGCUGGGCUGGUGUUCCCCGUUGGCCGCAUAGACAGGUUGCUGCGCAAAGGGCAGUUUGCUGACCGAGUUGGAGCAGAAGCCCCAGUGUACAUGGCUGCUGUGCUCCAGUAUCUGACUCAUGAGAUCAUAGAUAGUGCUGGAGAAGUUACCAAAUGCAACAAGAAACGCUGGAUUUCCCAGCAGCACUUGCAGCUGGCCAUCCAAAGAAAUGGGAAUCUCAAGAAUCUGCUGGGAGGUGCCAGCAUCUCUCAGGAUAGUGUACCACCCCAAAACAAGCCUGCACCUCUGCUUUCCAUGAAGAAAAGCAGCCGGAGAUGUCCCAGAGGAAGAACUACCCAUGCCCCUGUCAUUGUCAAGUGAGAGAAGAAUAGGGAGACAGCCAUCAACCCAGAUUUGGGAGAAGAAAUAUUGACUUGAUUGUAAGGCUCUUUUCAAACCCACCAAUGUGGUCUAA